AUGGCGGCUGAGGCGGCGGGAGGAGGGAGCGGUGCCCCCGGGCUCAGCGCUCGGCCCGCUCCGCCGCCGCCGCCCAGAUACGCCUUCGGGCUGCUGGAGACGCCCCGCUUCGCGGCGGGAAGCGAGAGCCGCAGCUCGUCGAGCGGGCGGCCCGACUCGGGUUCGGGGGCGGCCGGCGGUCCGCGAACGGCGAGCGGCUUCACCCCGAGCGGCAGCGGCAGCGGCGGCGGCGGCGGGGCGGCGGGCAGAGUUACUUCAUCUUCUGCAGUCUCGGUUCAUGUUGCUUCAGUAAUUGUGGCCUUAGUGGAGGGACGUGGGCUUGCCCGUGGUGAAAUAGGAAUGGCCAGCAUUGACCUCAAGAGUCCAGAACUUGUACUAUCCCAGUUUGCAGACAACAGUACAUAUGCUAAGGUCAUUACCAAACUGCAGAUUUUAUCUCCUCUUGAAAUUAUAAUGCCAAAUACUACUUGUGAUAAAGGAAGUGGGACCAAACUGUUUACUCUUGUCACAGAAAACUUUAAAAAUGUAGCUCUGAGUACUGUUCAGAGGAAGUACUUUAAUGAAACGAAGGGUCUGGAGUACAUUGAACAGCUUUGCACGCCCGAGUUCAGCACCGUGCUAAUGGAAGUUCAGAUGAAGUACUACAGUCUGGCAGCAGCUGCAGCCUUGCUGAAGUAUGUUGAAUUCAUACAGAAUACGGUUUAUGCUCCAAAAUCCCUCAAGGUCAUCUUCAAAGGGAGUGAACAAACAGCAAUGAUCGAUUCGGCCUCUGCUCAGCACCUCGAACUGAUCAUUAACAACAGGGAUCCCAGAAAUAAUCAUACGCUUUACGGAGUCCUGAAUUACACAAAGACAGCUGGAGGUAGUCGCAGGCUUCGCUCAAAUAUAUUGGAGCCUCUUGUUGAUGUGGAGACUAUUAACACAAGGUUGGACUGUGUCCAAGAGUUACUGGAAGAUGAGGAUCUCUUCUUCAGCCUUCAGUCAGUAAUUUCACGAUUCUUGGAUACUGAUCAGCUGCUGUCCAUCCUGGUGCAAAUUCCAAAACAAGACACUAUACAGGCAGCUGAAUCCAAGAUCACAAACUUAAUUUACCUGAAACAUACAUUGGAAUUGGUGGAACCACUUCAGGAAAUACUGAAAAGCUGCAAGACACCACUACUAAAGGCUUAUUGCAGUUCACUUGGAGACAGCAGAUUCAGCCUUAUUCUGGAGGAAAUCAAGACUGUUAUCAAUGAUGAUACGAGAUACAUUAAAGGCUGCUUGAACAUGAGGACACAGAAAUGCUAUGCCGUCAGGCCAAACGUCAACGAGUUCCUUGACAUUGCUCGGCGCACUUAUGCAGAGAUUGUAGAUGAUGUAGCAGGAAUGAUAGUGCAGUUGGGAGAGAAAUACAACCUGCCUCUGAAAACCAGCUUCAGUACUACUCGAGGAUUCUUUAUUCAGCUGAGUUGUGAGGGAGCUUCAUUCCCAAAUGGACAGCUCCCUUCUGAGUUCAUGAAGGUCACCAUGCUGAAGAACACUUAUAACUUCACCACUGCCGACCUAAUUAAAAUGAAUGAACGAUGCCAAGAGUCUCUGAGGGAGAUUUAUCACAUGACUUAUCUGGUGGUUUGCAAACUCCUGACUGAGAUCUACAAACACAUCCAUUGUUUGUAUAAGCUGUCCGACGCAGUCUCUAUGUUGGACAUGUUACUAUCCUUUGCACAUGUCUGUACACUUUCUGAUUAUGUUCGUCCAGAGUUUACCGACACUUUGGCUAUAAAGCAAGGUCACCAUCCAAUUCUUGAAAAGAUAUCAAUGGAGAAACCUGUCGCAAACAACACCUACAUUUCUGAUGAAAACAACUUCGUCAUUGUCACAGGACCCAACAUGAGUGGGAAGUCAACCUACCUGAAACAGAUUGCUCUUUGUCAGAUUAUAGCCCAGAUUGGUUCCUUUGUUCCUGCUGAAUACGCCUCAUUCCGAAUAGCUGACCAGAUCUUUACCAGGAUAGGUGUAGAUGAUGACAUUGAAACCAACUCAUCAACUUUUAUGAAGGAGAUGAAAGAGAUAACAUACAUAAUGCACAAUGUUACUGAUAAAUCUUUGAUAAUCAUUGAUGAAUUGGGUAGAGGAACCAGUACAGAGGAAGGAAUUGGUAUAUGCCAUGCAAUCUGUGAAUUCCUGCUCAGUUUCAAGGCAUUCACACUGUUUGCCACUCACUUCCUGGAGAACUGUCAGCUGGAUGCUUUGUAUCCCAAUGUGGAAAACAACCAUUUUGAGGUUCAGCAUAACCGAAGCAACACCGGAAAUUACAAUAAAAUCACUUACACAUACGUUCUCUCUAAAGGUUCCACUGAGGAAAAGAACUAUGGUUUAAAAGCUGCUGAAGUUUCAUCUCUUCCCCCAUCAAUUGUUGUCGAUGCUAAGGAUAUUGCAUCACACAUCACCAAACAAAUAUGGCAAAAACAGAGAAACACAGCUGAGUCUGUACAGCAGAGAGCUAUGCAUCAUCUGGCUACUAGACUUAUACAGGCAGCAAGAAACUCCUGCCUUGACCCAGAUCGCUUGCGGAUGUAUCUAACAGGCCUCAAGAAAAGGUAUGAGGCAGAGUGUCUCACAGCCAGACAAUCUUCAUGA